GGUUUACGCUGCAGCACCCGGAAACAGCGCCUUUAGGAGAGGAGAGGAGAGGAGCAGCUGGCGGCGGCUGUCACUGUGGCUGCGGUGACCGGGCGGGCGAACGAACAAGCAGCAGAUGGCUCUGAGUCUAACCGUGAACGCCUCCAGCCCUCCGCUAGGUGCUUUGCUAACUGUAGAACGCAUCAAAGAUUAUGUCAACGUUUUGGUUGAAAAGGGCAAGGAAAACAUUCUGCGGAUUUCUGAAAAUGUGGAGUUUAAUGAUGUGAAUUCCAUCGUCCGCUAUCUGGCUCGUGUGGCCACUGAAAGCAAGCUUUAUGGCUUAAAUCUGCUGGAACAUUCUGAGGUUGAUCACUGGUUGGAAUUCAGCAGCACAAGACUGGUGAGCUCUGCAUUGUUUCCUGCAGCAAUACAAGAGCUUGACUGUGCACUCUCUCUCAGGACCUACCUAGUUGGCCAUGAGUUGACCAUAGCUGAUCUUUGUGUAUGGGCAGCAUUGAAAGGAAGUAACCUUUGUCAGAAGCAGAUAAAUCAGAAUAAGAUACCAACUCAUGUUAAACGAUGGUACAACUUCCUUGGCUCCCAGGAUGCAUUUCAGUCGAUUGAUAAAAAGUGGACAGUGUUAACACCACAGAGUAAAACGAUAAUGGAGAAGAAAGAGGAUCAGGGAAAAUUUGCUGAGCUGCCUGGUGCUGAAAUUGGGAAAGUAGUAGUAAGGUUUCCACCUGAAGCCAGUGGUUAUUUACAUAUUGGUCACGCGAAAGCUGCACUCCUGAAUCAGCAUUACCAAGUGAGCUUUAAGGGGAAACUCAUCAUGAGAUUUGAUGACACCAAUCCUGAGAAGGAGAAAGAAGACUUUGAGAAGGUUAUCUUGGAAGACGUAUCAAUGCUACAGAUAAAACCUGACCGAUUUACAUAUACUUCAGAUCAUUUUGACAUUAUAAUGCAGUAUGCAGAUAAAUUGAUUAGAGAUGGGAAAGCUUAUGCAGAUGACACUCCUGCAGAACAAAUGAAACAAGAACGGGAGCAAAGAAUUGAGUCUAAACAUAGGAAGAAUUCUGUGGAACAGAACAUUCGCAUGUGGGAAGAGAUGAAGAAUGGAUCAGAAUUUGGGCAAACCUGCUGUUUACGAGUGAAGAUUGACAUGACCUCCAACAACGGUUGCCUCAGGGACCCCACAAUCUACCGAUGCAAAAAUGCACCACAUCCCCGUACGGGACUCAAAUACAGAAUUUACCCAACAUAUGACUUUGCCUGCCCAAUAGUGGACAGUAUUGAAGAUGUCACACAUGCAUUAAGGACAACUGAGUAUCAUGACCGGGAUGAACAGUAUUACUGGAUAAUAGAUGCUCUGGAAAUUCGAAAGCCCUACAUAUGGGAGUACAGCCGGCUUAACCUAAAUAACACUGUACUAUCAAAGAGGAAGCUCACGUGGUUUGUCAACGAGGGAUUGGUAGAUGGAUGGGAUGAUCCUCGGUUUCCAACAGUGCGUGGAGUCCUGCGGAGAGGAAUGACCGUUGAGGGAUUGAAGCAGUUUAUUGCUGCUCAAGGUGGCUCCAGAUCAGUUGUAAAUAUGGAGUGGGACAAAAUCUGGGCUUUCAACAAAAAGGUUAUCGAUCCAGUUGCACCUCGUUACACUGCAUUAUUGCAAGAUGAGGUAGUGCCUGUGCAUGUGCCUGAGGCCAAGGAAGAAGUGAAGGAUGUGGCCAAGCAUCCCAAGAAUCUAGAUGUAGGGCUGAAGCCUGUAUGGUAUGGAACCAAGGUGCUUAUUGAGGGAGCAGAUGCAGAAACAUUCGCUGAGGGAGAAAUGGUUACUUUCAUCAAUUGGGGUAACAUUUACAUCACUAAAAUUAACAGAGAUUCCCGAGGAAAAGUUGCAUCGCUUGAAGCAAAGUUAAAUCUAGAGAACAAGGAUUACAAGAAAACAACAAAGAUUACAUGGUUAGCUGAGACUGUGCAAGCUCCAUUGAUUCCCACAGUAUGUGUCCACUAUGAGCAUCUAAUAAGUAAACCUGUCAUUGGCAAGGAUGAAGAUUUCAAAGAAUAUGUUAACCGAAACAACAAGAAAGAAGAACUGAUGUUGGGUGAUCCCUGUCUGAGAGAUUUGAAAAAAGGAGAUAUAAUUCAGCUGCAAAGAAGAGGAUUUUUUAUCUGUGACCAGACGUAUGAACCAGUUAGUCCAUACAGUUGCAAAGAAUCUCCUUGUGUUUUGAUCUACAUCCCUGACGGACAUACCAAGGAAAUGCCUACUUCUGGUUCCAAGGAGAAGAGUAAAUCUGAUACAGUCAAAGCGGUUAAAACUGAUUCUGCAGCUACAAAUGUUUCAUCACCUGCCUCAACAAAUGAUGCAAUAAACCUUAAUGCACUUUACAAUAAAGUAGCUCAACAAGGUGAGGUGGUGCGUGAACUAAAGGUAAAGAAAGCAUCGAAAGAGGAGGUGGAUAUUGCAAUUAAAGGAUUGGUAACUUUAAAGGCUGAAUAUAAGCAAAAGAGUGGUACUGAAUACAAGCCUGGCAAGCCACCAGCAUCAAAUGACAGUCCUCUCCCUGCACCCAAGACCACAGACACGAAUAUUAGCAAAGUUCUCUAUGACAAGGUGUCUCAACAAGGAGAGGUGGUUCGAAAACUCAAAGCUGAAAAAGCAGCCAAGGUUCAGGUGGAUGAAGCAGUGAAAAUACUUAAAGACUUAAAAACUGAGUUUAAACAGAAGACUGGUGAGGAAUAUAAACCAGGAAAGUCACCUGUUGUAGUGGCAGAAGCAGUAACUCCAGCCAGGGUCGUCUGCUCUACAGAAGCGUCGGGACUUGAAGAGAAAACACUGUAUAGCAAGGUGGCAGAACAAGGAGAGGUUGUACGCAAACUUAAAGCAGAGAAAGUUUCAAAGGCUUUGAUGGAUGCUGCUAUUGCCUUGCUUCUUGAUUUGAAGGUCCAGUACAAAGCUUUAACGGGAUCAGAGUAUAAACCAGCUGCUGGUGGUGAUGACCGGAGCAAAAAUAAGAAAGAGAAACAAAAUAAAUCUGAGAAGCAGAAUAAAUCUGAAAAACAAGAGGAAAACAAGAAAAACACAUCAAAAGAGCAGGAGCAAGGUUCAAGCAGUGGAGGCGCUGGUGAAGGUCAAGGGGCGAAGAAGCAGACCCGAUUGGGCCUCGAAGCUAAAAAAGAGGAGAAUCUGGCAGAUUGGUAUUCACAAGUCAUUACAAAAUCCGAAUUGAUUGAAUAUUAUGAUGUUAGUGGCUGCUAUAUUCUCCGUCCAUGGUCAUAUGCUAUCUGGGAAGCCAUCAAAGAGUUCUUCGACCGUGAGAUUAAAAAAAUGGGGGUGGAAAACUGUUACUUCCCCAUGUUUGUGUCACAAGCAGCCCUCGAGAAGGAGAAAUCUCAUAUAGCAGAUUUUGCCCCGGAGGUUGCCUGGGUUACGAGAUCAGGGAAAACGGAGCUGGCAGAACCAAUUGCUGUUCGACCAACAAGUGAAACUGCUAUGUACCCAGCUUAUGCCAAAUGGGUCCAAUCACAUCGUGAUUUACCAAUCAAGCUCAAUCAAUGGUGCAAUGUAGUGCGCUGGGAAUUUAAGCAUCCACAACCAUUUCUACGCACUCGUGAGUUCUUAUGGCAGGAAGGACACACAGCGUUUGCUAGUCGUGAGGAAGCCACAGAAGAGGUCUUGCAAAUUCUGGAACUCUAUGCACGAGUGUAUGAGGAGUUGCUUGCAAUCCCUGUGGUGAAAGGAAGAAAAACUGGGAAAGAAAAGUUUGCAGGUGGUGACUAUACAACUACAGUGGAGGCCUUUGUAUCCGCCAGUGGAAGAGCUAUCCAGGGUGCCACUUCACACCACUUGGGACAGAAUUUUGCAAAGAUGUUUGAGAUCGUUUUUGAAGAUCCAAUGAAACCUGGAGAGAAACAAUUUGCAUAUCAAAACUCUUGGGGAAUUACAACCCGUACAAUUGGGGUCAUGACCAUGAUCCAUGGUGAUAACCAGGGACUAAUAUUACCUCCACGAGUUGCUUGUGUGCAGGUUAUAAUAAUACCUUGUGGUAUCACUAACAACCUCUCAGAAGAGGACAAAGAAUCUUUAAUAAAGAAGUGCAGUCAAUAUCUUGACCGAUUGAUUAAUGCUGGAGUCCGUGCUCGAGCUGACUUGAGGGAUAAUUAUUCACCUGGCUGGAAGUUCAACCAUUGGGAGUUGAAAGGUGUCCCCAUCAGGCUCGAAGUUGGACCACGAGACAUGAAAAAUCACCAAUUUGUAGCUGUCAGAAGAGAUACUGCCAGUAAACUCACGGUUCCUGAGGGUGCUGCUGAGACAAAGUUGAAGAUUUUAUUGGAGGAAAUCCAAACCAAUCUUUAUAACAGGGCUGCACAGGAUUUAAAGGACCAUAUGGUUUUGGCUGACACAAUGGAACAAUUUCAGCAGGAGUUAGAUUCAAGAAAGAUUGUUCAGAUUCCUUUUUGUGGUAGCAUAGAAUGUGAAGACUGGAUCAAGAAAACAACAACUAGGGAUCAGGAUAUUGAGCCUGGAGCACCAUCCAUGGGAGCCAAGAGCCUGUGUAUCCCUUUCAAACCUCUUCGUGAAUUACAGCAUGGAGCAAUGUGCAUCAGUGGCAAAGAGCCUGCUCAACAUUAUGUACUUUUUGGGCGUAGUUACUAAUGAAGAUGUGAAUAGUGGGAAAAUCAUGUCUUUGUCUAUAAAUGUUUUUAUAAGACUAAAUACCAGUUGCUUUCAUCUUUGUGUAUUUUUAUCUAGUUAUAAGAAAUUAACUAUGAAUAACAAGGACAAAACCUUGAGAGCUAAUGAUUGUCAAAAAUAAAUCCAGAACAGAUACCCUACUUAACAUUAGUAAACGUUUAAUGAAUA